CCAAACAAAAAAAAAAAGCUCGUUCUUCAAUGCGUUUACUCCCAAGAGAGCUUCCUGUGCUUGCUCGUACGAGAGGGAAGGCGAAGCGCACCGACGUUCCAGCUUCUCCAUUCUAUAUAAACCCACGAUCAUGGCCAACCCGACUCAUCUCGCGAGUGGAGCAAAACGAUCACCAAGCGGCUGAACCUUCUCUGUUUUUUAGUUCCGGGUUGGUGUAACCAUCAUGGCCUACGUUCCUCCGCACAAGCGACAUUCGAUGGAGAGUGGUGACCCGUCCCCUGUUCCGGCAUCGAUUCGGCGGCAGUUCAAGAGAGGUCUCAACUUUAGGUCGCCUAGAGCUAAUGCUCACCAGAGUGGGAAGAUCGUCUAUGCAGACACGGCGAUAUAUAGAUGGUUGGCUGUUGGUUUGGAUGAUGAUGGAGAUCAUCUUCCCUCUGGGUUCUUUCUCAAGCCGGUCUCUGUUGAGGCCCUUGAAAGGAGAUCAGGAGAGAAACUGCUAGCCUUAGCCAAAAAUUGUGUGGCUAAUGAAGAUGACGAAACGAGUCAGGACCAUAGCAAGAAGCCUUGGAUACAUAUAGCCGAAACAGUGAUGCCUGAUUUAGUUUCUUCAUAUGAGGUAGUGAGAAGUGAGAUUGAGGGUCAGAGAAUGGAAGAAAUAAAACCCGCACUCGUUGCUAGAUUUGGAAAAAUCCUUUUUCAUGGGAAUCCUUCAUUUCCGGUGGAAACUUGUGGAGAUAUGCUUAGAGAGGCCUCAUUGAGACAGCUGAAAAGAUCAUUUUACAUAAAUCAUCCUGCCUCUUUUGUGGAAAAUGUGACUCUUAGAAUUAUCCCAGAGAUUUGCCUAAGUUUUGCAUAUGAAAAGGAUUUAUAUCAUGUCAAGUUAUCCGAUAAGUCCAGGCCAGGUGCAACUAUCUCCUGCAAAUGUGUUGUUUCUAAGUCAGAGCAGAGACUCGAACUUUAUAAGAUCCAAUUAAACCAGGUGCGACACAUGGUAGUUGAUGUAUCCUGCCUCAAUAAGGAUCUGGACAUGAGGUUGAUGUUACGCACCAGGAGCAUGUUGACAGCUAUUAGCGAAAAGGAAAAGAACAGCAUUAGGGAUUUGAUUACUUCUGCAGUUAUAGAUUCUAGUGUUAAUGGGGGUUUAAAAUGGCCUCUGGGAAAGGAAUCUUCUGGAGAUAGAUACAGCAUCAUCGGAGCUUGUCAUAUAAUCUCUAAAACUUAUAAGAAUUCAUCCAUGAGGCUGAAGGUGACACAUGCUGAUCAGUUUGAUUUUAGGAGUUCCCAGGGGGAAGUUACUGAAGAAACUGUCCUGAAGUUGAAGGGCAUAACUUCUGAAUUGCAUGGACAGAUUCUGGGAACUGAUGUAAUCUCUGAUAUGCUAAAAGAUGCGGUAAAGAUGAUGUGGGAGCACUUCUUAUCGUGUGGAAAUACGGUCAUUUGAAUUGGCCUCUCUUUAUCAGUGUGUAUGUGUGUGUGAGAGAGAGAAUGUGAAUAAAACUCAUGGUGAUUGUGUGAGUUUGUCUUGUGAUAAUGUAUGAAUUAGUAACUGAGAAUGUAUAUAAGGGCUCAAAAACAUGGGCCUCAUUCUCUUUUUGGCCUUGUGGGAAUGAAUUUGAUAUAUUGCUCUGGCUUUAUGUAUCCUCUAGCAAUUUGCUUGAAAAUGAGAUCUUUUUUAAUUUUAGAGAUUUGAUGAGCUAC